AUGCUUCUCCCGUCUUUAAUAGCUCCCGAGACUACAACAACGACACGGUCCCUCGCAAGCAAGCACCCUCACUACGUCGGCAUUCCACUUGUAGACCUACCACUGCCCUCUACCUCCCACACAAAAAACCUAAGUCCACAUUCAGGUAAUUCUCGACUUCGUUGCUCAUUGCUUGAACUGGCCAUUAACAUUGUCAGCUCAUAUUGA